GCUCCACGUCGGCUGCAUCUGCGCAGUGUUUGCUUUUACCUGCCUGUGAAAUGAGAGACGACAACACAGAGCUGCGCAGACUGACAGCGGAGGCUUUCCUCAGGGCCUGAGUAUAAGAUAAUUAACCCUCAGACAGCGGUACCUCACAGCGCUCAGACAUGUUUAAAAAACUAAAGCAGAAGAUUAAUGAGGAGCAGUCCCCGCAGAGGAGCGCCCACUCACAACAACAACAGCAGCAGCAGGCCCAGGUGAGCUCAGGUGAGAGGCGUGGUCUACACCAAGAUGCCCCCUCCACCCCAAGUGACCGAGAGCUGCUGGCCGGGAUGAUAGCAGAGCCUGCUUUUCUCUCUGAAUAUACUAUCUUUGCUCUGGACCAUUCAAAACGACCCAAAGAGGCCCAGGUGCCCAGUGCGAACAUCGUUAAGGCUGUGGGUAGCUCUCCAAGGGGCAGUUUGAAUGGAGAUGGAGCUGCCUCACCUUUGAGGGACGAGCAGCAGUCUCUUGCUCAGAAGCUGCAGCAGAGGGUGUCCUCAGUGGAGUCUCUGUUCCGGGGCUCUGCUCGUGUAGAAGGUCUCCUGCGCUCCGGCUCCAGGGAGAGUCUGGUCCGCAGCCCGUCCCGGGACUCCCUCACUCCGCUUGGGGACAGUGACACCCUUCCUGCUUAUGACCCCCCUUCUGACAUAGAGAGUGAGGCAGAGGAUUCGCCCAGCAAUGCAGAUGCUCUGUCUAAAGACCAGCUCUUACACCGCCUGCACAGGGUGGAAAAAAGCCUGGGAAACUACAGAGGGAAAUAUUCAGAGCUGGUCACAGCCUACAGGACGGUACAACGAGAUAAAGAGAAAACGCAGGCUAUUCUCAGCCAGAGUCAAGAUAAAGCACUACGGCGAAUAGGAGAGCUCAGAGAGGAACUGCAGAUGGACCAGCAGGCUAAGAAGCAUUUGCAGGAGGAGUUUGAUGCUGCUCUAGAAGAAAAAGACCAGAUGAUCACUGUGUUGCAGACCCAAGUGGCUCUUAUGAAGAAACGUCUGCAGGGAGUCCCUGGGGCUUUGGUUUCAACUGAGGAAGAGGCCAAGUCCACCGAGACGAGCCCUGACCUUCAAAAUACUGAUCAAGUGGACAGCACUGAACUAAAUGAAGCAGGGGUCAGCAGUGAGCCGGGCAGUGAGGUGGAUAUGGAGGUAUUGCAGAAGCGAGUGCGGAGGCAGGAGACGCUGCUGCAGCGCUGCAAGGAGAUGAUCCGCACCAACAAAGAGCGCAGCACUCAGCUCAGCAGUGAGAAUGAGGCUCUGCAGCAGCAGCUACAGGAGAGACUGCAGGAGCUGGAGAAGAUGAAGGAACUCCACACCACAGAAAAGACCAAGCUGAUCACACAACUGCGUGACGCCAAGAACCUCAUCGAGCAGCUGGAGCAGGACAAGGGCAUGGUGAUUGCUGAGACAAAGCGGCAGAUGCACGAGACUUUAGAGAUGAAGGAGGAGGAGAUUGCUCAGCUGCGCUCCAGGAUCCAGCAGAGCGUGGCCCAGAAAGACGAGCUCCAGGAACAGAAAGAGAAAGCAGAGAAAGCAGCAUUUGAGGAGCUGGAGCGAGCGCUGGGUGUAGCUCAGAGGGCGGAGGAGGCACGGCGGCAGCUGCAGAGUCAGAUGGAGGAUCAGGUUAAGCAGGUGGAGCGGGCAAGCGAAGAGGAGAGGAAGAGUCUGCAGCAGGAGCUUAGCAGGGUUAAACAGGAAGUGGUGACCAUCAUGAAGAAAUCUACAGAAGACAGAAUAGCAGAAAUGGAACGCCUGCACUCUGAGGCUUUGGCUGAAAAAGACAAGGAAAUGAGAGCCCAAAUAAACAGUGCAGUGGAGCAGUGUCGGGAGGAGCUGUUACAGGCCGCUCAGGAGAAGGAGCAGCAGGCCUCUCUGGCUCUGGAGGAAGCAGAAUUGCAGAAGGCAGCUCUGCAGGGUGAGGGCGAAGCCAAAGCCAAGGACCUGCUGUUAGAGCUGGAGAGUGCCAGAACUAGAAUCCUUGAACUGGAAAGUUCAUUGGCCAAGAGCUCACAGACUGAGGCCACCCAGUCAGAUCACCUAUCAGCAAAGAUAGAAGAAGAGAAAAAGAGAUAUGAAGCUGAGAUCUCUGUUCUAGAAGAGAAACAUCAGCAAGAGCUGGAAAGAUCAAAGGCGGAGCAGAUGGAGAUUUUUAACCAGAAGCACGCUGCUGCUGUGGAAGAACUAAUGCUGAAACACAAAUCAGAGAUUGAAGCCAUCCUGAAAGACAAAGAAGUAGAGUUUCAGGCUCACGUUGAAGACAUGAACCAAAAAACACUAGAGAAACUGGACGUUAAGCAGACUGAGCUGGAAGCCCUGAGCUCUGAGCUCAGCGAGCUACAGAAGAGUAAACAGCAGCUGGAGGAGAAGCUAGCUGCCAUCGAUGCAGCCAACAUCUCUGCUAAGCAGGAAUUGGAGGAAAGACUGAAGGAGGAACAGUUGAAGCAUCAGAAUAAGAUUGAAGGUAUAAACCGUCAACAUGAGCAAUCACUUGGAGGCGUGGAGAACACGCUAAAAGAAGAGUUAGAUCAUCUGAGAUUGAUGCUGGAAAAGAAGAAUAAAGAAAUUGAAGAAUGUGUUCAAAGGGAAAAAAGCUUGGAGGAAGAUGUCAGAAAGGCUCAACUGAGUGCCGAGGCACAGGAAAACGAAAUGAAAGAUCUGAGGCAUGCUGCACAAUGUGACAAAGAAGCCCUUACUGAGGCCAGUGCUCAUCUUAAAGCACUGAAAGAGGAACUGGACCAUUCAAAGGGUCAACUGAAAGAGCUCGAGAAGCGUCUGGAAGCAAGUUAUACUGAGUCUCAGGAGAAAGCAGAUUGUCUUCAGCAGAAGAUUGUUGAAAAUCAGGUACUACAGCAGAAUGUGCAGCAAGCAGCCACUGACCUGUCUGAAAAAGAGACGUCACAUGUUGAAACCUGCAAAGCGAUGCAAGAGGAACAGAAUCAGUUGAAGAAGCAGCUGGAUGAGGAGAGAAAUUCCUAUGAGAAAAAGAUGGAAAACCUAAAAAAAGAAAUGGAUGGCAAGUUGAAAUCCCAAGAGAACAGGAUGGAAAAAGUCAAACAGAAAGCCAAAGAAAUGCAAGAAAAAUUCAAGAAAAAGCUACAGGAGCAGGAAGAAAAGGCCAAAGCAGCGUUAGCCAAGAAAGACGAGGAACUUUGGCAGAAAGAACAGCAGGUGAAAGAGAAGAUCCUUAGUAUGGCCCAGGCUAACUCAGAAGGCCUUAGCAGUGCCAUGUCUGAUUUAGAGACGAAUCAUAAAGAGCAGUUAGAGAAGCUGAAAGAAGCCCACAGACAUGAGCAGGAUGACCUUCUGCGUGUUUGGCAGGACAAGCUAAACCAGCUGGAGGAAGAGAUGCAGGAGAAACAUGCACUUGUUUUGCAAGAGAAAGUACAAGAAUUGGAAGACCUGUCUCAACAACUUUCAGGCAGUAGGGAGGAUGGGAAAAUAGUGGAACAAGAAAUUAAGAACCUUAGGGAAGAACUUGCAAUGAGGGAAACCACAGUCCAGAAACUUCAAGCAGAGCUCAGGGAAGCUGCAGUGAAGCUGGAGAGUCUUUCUGACGGUGAGAACUUGCUGAAACAGCAGGUGGAGACUGUGGAGAAAAAUCUUAACCAGGCCUUGACUGAAAAGAACUUUCUCCAAGACCAGCUCAGUAAGUUUGAAGAGAACAGUAAAGAAAGAUUGCACACCAUGUCUGAAGAGUUAGAGGAUGCACGCAAAAAGCUUAGUGUGCUUGAAUCUUCCAGGACGAAUGAGGCUGAGGACCUGCAGAGAACCCUUGACGAGAAAGCUUCAGAGCUUCAGGUUAAAGAGAAUCAGUUUCGGUCACAAAUCGACUCUGUUAGCAAGGAGCUAGAGCAGCAGUGUGAAGGAGCACGAGCAAUAUUAAAUGCUUUAACAGAUGAGCUGUGUAAUAAAGUGGAGGCCAAAGUCCACGAGCUUCAGAGCAGGGUGAUAUACAAUCAGAAGAAAGUGUGUCAUCUUAGAAAUGUCAUCGUGGCAAAGAAUGACAAAAUCUGUGCUUUGGAAAAAGAGCUUCAGCAAGCUGUGGAGGAGAAACAGAAUAUAAGGAGCUCUCUCGACCAGAUGACCUGUCAGCUAAAUGAAAAUUCAGACAACAUUAAAGCCUUAACAAUGGAGAAGGAUUCUUUGCAAAAAGAUUCCAACAAUUACUCCCAAUUACUUUCUGAGAAAGUUGUUUAUAUAGAAAAACUUGAUGAAGAAAACAAAGAAAUAUCAGAAAAACUUAACGCAAAUAUUUUGCAUAUCAGUCAAUUGGAGGGUAUCGUCAAUGACCUGAAGACCCAGUUAGCGAGUAGCAUAACUGAGAAGGAGGAAGCCAUAUCUCUGCUGAAUCAGCAGCACAGUGAGGAGAAGCAACGUCUCAAAUGCGAAAUGGGGGGAAUGGUCGAAAGUGCAGAAAAAGAAAAGAGCUCUGCUCUUGAGCAGGUCGACACACUCAGGAACAAGAUGUCUGAGCUGAAGAAGAAAGCCGAAUCCAAGUUCACUCAGAACCACAACACUGUCAAGUCUCUCCACAGUAAGAUAGAAGAGAUGGAGAGACAGAUAGCAGAAAAGGAUGAGGUCCUUCAGAGACUCAACGCUAGCAUCGACAAUCAGUCCAUCAGCAAGUCUGAGAUGGACCAGGUGCUGAACGAGAAGGAGCAGAAGGUAAGUGCCUUGACCUUCGAGUUGGACAACUGCAUGAGGAGAAUCGGUGAGCUGGAGGAAAGCCUUAAGUUGCAGAUAAAAGAACAGGAGCGUCUGACGGCUGAGUGGCAUCAACAAGAAAGUGUGAGGGAGAGUGAAAAGGCUGAACUGAUUCAGCAGCUCCAGCUAGUCCAGGAACAGUGUUCUCAAAGAAGUGGUGAUGUUCAGAGAACAGAAGAAAAGCUCCAGUCUUUAGAAAGUGAGAUCCUAAAUACCAAACAGCAGCAAGGAGACUUUGAGAAGGAAAAGGCAGAUCUUCUGAAGGCGAGGGACGAAGCUUUGAAAGCAGCUGAGGAAAGUACAGCUAAAGUUGGUGAACUAAAAAAGAAAGCUGAACAAAAAAUCGCCAUGAUUCGGAAACAGCUGACCUCCCAGAAUGAGGAAAAGGAGCAGGUCAUCCGUGACCUACAGGAACAACUGGAUGGCAUCAGGCAGACGCAGGAUGAGGGGGAACUGCACAUAAAGAGUUUGACGGAGAACGGGAAGAUCAUGGAGGAGGCUAUGAACAACUUAAGGGAAGAACAUGUAAAGAAUUUGGAGCAAAUGCGACAAGAUUGGGAAUCCCAAAAAGAAAACUCUCUGCAAAUGUUGAAGGACACAUAUGAGGAGAAGUUAGCAUAUCUUCACAAAGAGGCAUCUGCAAAGGAUGAACUGGCUGCUGCAAGGAGAGCACAAAAUGAAGAGGAGGCUCAUUCAAAGAUAAAGGAACUAGAGACCAGACUAAGUGAAUCUGAGGAACAGAAGUCUAAACAUAAGGCUGAGUUAACUAGACUUCAAUCAGAACUUGUGGAACAAACUGCAUUGUUUCAGGAGCUUCAGAAGACUUGUGCGGAUCUUCAGAUUCAGGUUAAAGAGAAAGAGAUCAGUGCCAUACAGGAAGAAUGUUCUGUACAGCAGACAAACAGUUUCUUAGAAUCUGUGCCCAAAGAGUCUGUUCUAAUGAUAGAAAAGGAUGCAGACUGGAAGACUGAAAAGGAUCUCUUGGUGAGCGAAUAUGAGACAAAGCUUCAGGAGCUCAGUCAAAGACUGGAAGCAAAAGAGGAGCAGCUUAAAUCCCUAGAAAACCUACAGAAGGGACUCGGAGAAGAUGAUGGCAAAUCUCUUGUUGAUGGGUCCAAGAGCACCAAGAACAAUCUACAGAAAAGUCUGAUGGAAGCUGAGAAUGAGAAGCAGAAAGUUCAAAAAGAGUUUACCCGGCUACAGAAAGAUCUUCGCUCUCUGCGGAAGGAGCAUGAAAAGGAGUUGGAAUACCUAAAGAAGGAAUUAACAGAAGAAAAUGAAAAGAAACUAAAACUUGAAAUGGAAGACAUGGAAAUGAAACACAACUCUGCUCUAAAGCAGCUGAUGAGGGAGUUUAACACACAGAUGGCUCUGAAAGAGAGAGAACUUGAGGCUUCAGUAAAGGAGACUAUUGAAAAAGCCCAGACUGUGGAAGCACAGCUAAUGGAAAGCCACCGUGAGGAGGCCAGUCAGCUGCAAAAGAUAAUUGCUCAAAAAGAAGAUGAUCUAAACAGAACUGUUCAACAUUAUGAGGAAGUCAUUCAGAAUCGCGAAGAGGAGAUGGGUACGCGAGUGUGGGAGGUACAGAAAGAGCUGGAGGAGUUGCAGCAGAGGAGUCUCAGUGGUCCUCAGAGCCUUGAGGAGCUUCAGGUCCAGCUUGCUGAGAAGACCACCCUACUGAGUGAAGCCAGGCUGAAAGAGCAAGAGUACCAAGAUAAGAUUCAUACUCUUGAGGACAAGAUACGAACUGUUUUUAAAAAUUCUGUGGUGACUCAUCUGGGAAGCACAUACAAAGAACCCUCACACUACGGUGUGGAUUCCCUCACUGAGCCCACAGAGUUUGAGUACCUGCGGAAGGUCUUGUUUGAGUACAUGAUGGGACGAGAAACAAAGACAAUGGCCAAAGUCAUCACUUCCAUGCUGAAGUUUCCCCCGGACCAGGCCCAGAAGGUUCUGGAGCGUGAGGAUUCCAGAGUGAUGCCUUGGCUCCGGUGAGGUGGAACCGUGCCUGGUCUAUCAGAGAGAAGGACAGAUCCUGCUGCUGCUGCUUUUGCUGUUGCUGCUGCUACAAUAUGGUUUAAAGGGGCUAGAAUCGCUAUUCACUUGACUAAUAACCCUUUCUUUACGUGUGUGUUUGCCUGUGUGGGUGUGUGACCUGGGAGAGCAGACGUGUGAGUGACAGUGUGAGGAAGGUAUUGGGAUGAUGUGAUUGUACAGUUGCUGGUGUAGGUUAUUAAAUAAACUGUUAGACCUUGCUCAGAUUAAAUCCUGUAAGAAAAUUAUACCUUUGUAAUUUAUUGUUUAGAUUUUCGGUCCAGGGUAGAUGGAUUUCCUUGUUCUUAAAUGUAGAUUUUUUUUAUGAAUUUAAGUUUUGUGCAAUAAGUAUGAAUUAUGUUUUCUUAAACGUUUUAUGUUCUUUUUCAUCUUCUCUUUUUUCACGAUGAGGUGUAGCAUCCCUUUAAAUGCCCUUUCUGCACAUGUGUGUGGAUCACUUAGACACGCAGGCUCUUAGUACUUGAUUUACUACAGAUUUAUUUGAACUAAUGCUAUAUUUUCAGGAAAACUGACAAAAUACAUCAUACUGUAAAUUGUAAAUUAUCACUGGAAAAGAACUUAUGAAUCUGUAUAAUAGGGCACAUUGUGACUGUUGCCACAUUAUUACAUUUUAAACGGCUAAUAAAAAUCUAUUUACAGUAAA